UGCCACGAAAAAGCAUAUGUUAUAUAUUGAAUAGAAAGAAGAUAAUACGUGAAAACAGAUCCCCCCAGCAACGACCACGUCAACACGAGAGAUAACGUCUUGUGACGUCUAAAUAUCUCGCAAUAAUGGAUGUUCAAAGGCUUCUGUACAUUAAUGUUUCAUUUCUCGAAGAGAACUCAUGACAUGUUUCUAUCAGAUCAAGAUAUUUUAUCAGCAGAUUCAGUUUUAUGAAGCUUUUGGAGCUACUUUAACAUUUCUUCCUUAUAACGCAAAAGGAAAUAUAAUAGUUACAGUACUUAUAGUAGGAAAAAUAAUAUGAGUAACAUUAUGUUAACAAUGCCACAAAAGAAAAUAUCCUCAAUGGUGAAGCUUAAAUGACAUCAUGGAAUCUAUAUAAUUAUUAAUGGUCAUUUAGGAUGAGUAAGAUGAGUAAGGAUGUUGUGCUGUAAGACCUGGUAAUAAGUGGUUUGCUACAGAUGCAGCUGAUAGAAAUCAAUCAUUAAUCAAAUUUUAAUUUCCGAUGCUGACAAUGGAACUAUGCACCUUUGAAUUGGAUAUACAACAGGAUAUAAUUUCCAUUAACUCCAAGUGCUUAGCUCAAUGGAUAAUAAGGCUGGAGUGUUCCGUAUCAUAUUUGAUGUAUCACACUUGUAUUACAGAAGUCAAUAAGAGUAUAAAAGUAUAUAAGGAAGAUGAUACUAUAAAUGGCCGAUCCAACAUUACAGACCUUUUGUUGUCAUCAUGCAAAUCGAACAGAUAAAGCUAUAGCGAUAAUGCAAGAAUUCAAUACAGACGCGUACAAUACAGUGUGUAUGAUUUCAUCGACAAUGGGCAUGAUAGGCGCGAUUUACCAGAUAUUACCUCGGGAGGAUUUCACUAUUUCUCAACGAUGGAGAACCUUUUCUAGAGGACGAGACAUUAUUGUAUGGCUUGCUGUUGCUGAUCUCUUAGCAUCUUUAGGUGUGUUUGUGAGAGCGGCAUUGUGGAGGAAUUUCAAGUCUAUCAUGCCAAUGGAAGGCGACAUGUCGAGUGUUAUUUUUUGCGCCUUGUCGUCGGCAUGGAUUCAGUAUUUCUACAUGGCUACUUGGAUAUGGACAUUAUGUUACGCAGUGCACAUGAAGUUAUUGUUAGGUGAUAAAAAUGGACAUCCUAUAUAUUAUCAUAUUUUGGCCUGGGUGCUUCCAGCUAUUCUCACCUCAUUUGGACUGAUCAUCUUAUAUAUUCCAAAUGCAAAUUGUCACAGUUUGACAUCAUUAUCCAGUGCCAUAUUGCGUAUUCUUCCAAACUAUUGUACUACAUAUGUACUAUUGGUAAUAGUCAUGAUAGCAAAUCCUAUUUUGUAUAUUGCAUCAACUCGAGAUCUUGAAACAGCAGUUUUAUAUAGUAUGGCUCAAAUGACUGGAAGAGAGCGAAAGUUAAUACAAACAGUUAGAUUAAAAUUUGCUCUCAUCAAUUUAGUCUAUUAUGUAUGCUGGAUACCUAAUAUAAUCAAUGGAAUAUUAUUGUGGACGCUAUGGUUUAAGUUGCCAAUUAUGGCAAUUAUUACCUUAUGGUACAUAAUGGCUGUGACAAAUCCUCUUCAAGCAUUUUUUAAUGCGAUUGUUUAUCAAUCAUGGAAUAGAAGAGAAAAAUUGCGUCUUGAAUGUUGUCAAGAUUUCAAAUCUAGUACCAAUAUACAUUUAAGUGCAAUUGAUAAAAGAAACAAUAGUGCUCAUUUUUCUGAAUCAUCUCCACUAUUGCAUCCAAGAAAAGAAUAUAGGCAGAAUAAACCACAUAUCAGCAUAAAUGGAUCUUCAUCUCUAUGAAAGUCUGUUUUUAUUGCUAGUAUUAGAAAUGUAAAUAUUAUACUCUGAUGUUAUGUUAAAGAGAAUAAUUUUAAUAUAUAAAAAAAUUAAAAGAUUUACAUAUCAUAAAAUCAGAUUCAAUGUGCACGAAAUUUUUGAAAUCACAGAAAAUUGAAGUUUUGACAAGUGCAAUAAAAUUUUUC